CCAAGUCAAUCUCGUGCGUUUAUGCGACAGAGAUAUGGCUUCAAAGGAAGAGAACCGAAUUUUCGUUGGAGGCUUGUCUUGGGACGUCACCGAACGACAGCUUGAGAAUGCUUUUAGCCGCUAUGGAAAAAUCAUCGAGUGUCAGAUCUUUUGAGAUGCUGUACAUUUAGAGAUGCUGUGCGUUUAGAGAUUUUUUGGUCAGAGUGGUUGAAUCAGUUUUGCUCAAGAUCAAUCUCAUUUCAUUGAUUAGAUUAAAUUGGAUUUAAUAGUUUUUAAUUCACCAAGUGCGGGUAUGAUGGUGUUCUCUGGAUGUGGAGUGUAUGGUCUGCAGAGGUACCUGGUUUAUGUACAUAUUUACCUAACUGAAAAAACGAGUGUCAUAAAGAGAAUCUGCUUCAAAUGUUUGGAAUGAGGAUGUGCAAUGCAACAAAAGUUUUGAAUAAAUUUUUUGGUUGAGGGGUUUUCUGUUUUAGUCAGUUGCUGCUAUCUAUCUGGAUUAAUGAAUAAGGUAUUGGCAAGUUCAUGUUUAUCAUUCUUUGGCAGCUGGAAUUUCAGUUAAAAGAGGAACGAUGUUUGAACCGUUGUGUGAGAAGAUUUGCUUGGUUUUUCAAUGGGCUUUUUCCAGCUUUCAUGCUAUUGGGGCAAAACACGUAAUUGAAUGUCUUGCAUGGAUGUGCGAGAAAAUUUAUUGAGCUGGAUAGUUGUCCUAUUGUUUCUUCCUUGGACGCCUGUCAACAAGGAUUUGCGUCAUUAUAAUUUCCUUCUCUGAGGACCGUUAUCUAUAAUUUCCUUCUCUGAGGACCGUUAUCUAUCACUGAAACAAUCACUUUUUCCUGUAGUGUGGAUUUUUCUUUGCGACUCUGUUGUGUUGUUUUAUUGUUUUACUCAUCUUUCACUCCCUGAUAAUCAGAAAUUCUUUACAACUGAUGUUUGAUCUAUUUAGUAGGGCGUAGGCGUGUACAUAAACUUUGUUUUUAAUACAAGUUUGGUUGAGAUUAUGUUCAUCACUGUCCCAAGGUUAGGAGGAAAUUUCAUCAUUCUUGAUGUUACAAAUCAUGAGCAAAGUUGUCUGCUUCUGAAUGGAGGUGGGUUGACAUUCCAUCCUAAUGCAGUGGACUCAUGAUGACUAAGUUUCCUACUUUUUAUUCUUGUACUUGGUCAAUUCUGGACUUCUUUGAGCUUCAUGGUAAUACUUUAUUGCGAGAUUGUGUUGCUGGAUUUAUCAACUGAGUGGUUAGAAUAAAUUUUGAUUGUUCCUUUCAGAGUACAGAUAUGGGUUACUCACAUUUCUUAUUCCUUCAUAUCGUUCCACAUUAUGCAUGUAUUGACAACCGAGAUGAUGGACCUUGAUUUGUCCUGUUAAAUCUUCGCUUUCAUGUAUCUGUUGGAAGCCUCAGGAGCCAUAAACAGUGCUUUAUUGCUUUGAUGUUCCAGAACUGCAUUCUGCAUGGCAGAGGACAGAUUCAGGGCAGUCUGAGCAAUACAGCUUUGGGAGCCUCAUAGCUUACCUGUGGUUUUAUCGUUAGUUAAAAAUUGACAUUGAGGAUUAGUAGCAGGUGGAUUUAUUUCUGGCUGCCAGAAAUGCUUGUUCUGUUUUAGGCUGCAGUCUGGAUUUUUGUAGUUGUUAGCUGGUGACAUUUUCUUCUCUCUUCUUGUUGUUAAUCCUUCUUCCACUUGUAACCUUCCAACCAAAGGAAACUAUUUUAUUACCUGCUAGUGCGGCAAUUGAAAGUUUUCAACAUUAUUGGGAACUUUAUGCUUAUGACUAUAAUUAUAGUUUUGAGGGUAAAUGAUGCGACCAGCGUGCAUUUGUGGAUUCGUGGCUGUAUCUGUCUAUGUCAAGUUUGUUGGUUCGAAGUGGUUCUCUGCUUCUUGUUUGUUCUGUACUGCUUCUUGUUUGUUCUGUAUCUUUGGGAGGGUGCAUGGAGGAAUUUUUUGUUUCUCAAUUGUCUGUCUGACUGAACCUUUUUGUCACCUGCCAAUUGAAUUAUGGGCUGCUGAAGAAGGAACCAGAAUUAUGGAAAUAUGGAAUUGUUGUCUCCAAAGUGAAGGAACCAGAAAUUCCAUUAUUAUCAUUACAAUCUCCAACGCGAAGGAACCAUAUGGUAUUUCAUUUGCACCACCAAAGGAUUUACAAUAUUGAUAGGUUUGGAUUGUUGGUUUAAUUUUGUGGCAGCGAGGUGCAGAUUGAUUUGAUUUUUAAACUACCCUCUGUGGUAAUCUGUAUGAUGUUUGAUAACCUAAGUGGCAAAAUAGUCGUAUUCAGUAGGAAGACUAGCAGUAAUGACCAGUUUAAUUGGGACAUUAUUAUUGUAUCUUGGAUAAAUUGAUGCAUUCAAGUUUUAUGGUUGCUAUGUAACAGUUCAUUGUGGGAUUGUUACCUCAGAUACUGUGGGAAAGUGAGAGUAAAAAUUGAUCUACUUUGUUAGAUUGGCAGAUAUGGUUUGCAGAUUCUGCUGUAUACUUUAAGAACUCUUUGCAAUAUCAAACAGGUUGAGAUGCCUUAGCCAUGUCAUGAUAACAACGUGAAAGUCAUGCUGGAAAGAGAUACAGGUCGUCCACGUGGAUUUGGUUUUAUAACAUAUGCAGAUCGUCGGGCCAUGGAUGAUGCUAUCAGGGAGAUGCAUGGACGGGAGUUUGGCGAUCGUGUUAUCUCAGUGAACAAGGCUCAACCUAAAAUGGGAGGAGAUGAUUUAGAUCAUGGCUACAGGGGUAGCUACUCUUCAUCGGGUGGCAGAGGAGGAGGAGGCUAUGGGGGAGACAGACCUCUUGGGCAAGAUGAAUGCUUCAAGUGUGGGCGCCUAGGACACUGGGCCCGUGACUGUCCUGCUGCUGGUGGCCGUGGUGGAGGUGGAGGUUCAUUCUCUUCACGUUCUAGGUUCCCUGCUGGUGACCGUGGCGACCGCUUUGGAGGGGAUCGUGAUCGAUACGUGGAUAACCGCUAUGAUGGAGGACGAUAUGGUGAUAGGGACCGUUUUGAUGGCAGAGACAAAUAUGGGAGCCGUGAUCGCUAUGCUAGUGACAGGUAUCCUCCAGGUGGAGAUCGCUUUGGAAGCGAUAGAUUUGGUGGUUCAGAUCGUUAUGCGCACAAUGGUUAUGGCAAAGACAGAGCCUACGAUAGGGAUGGUGUUGGAAGAGGAGGCAGUGAUAGGUAUGGAAGUGGAGGGCCUCCACGAAAUGAUAGGGGCUAUAGGAACAGGCCAGGUCCAUAUGACCGGCCUGGCAGGGGAGGGCACCCGUCCUCCUUUGAUCGCUAUUAAUCAUUUGUCGGAUGGUGAUUAGCGCUGUGAAACUUGUAGGUUUAUGCCCUAUAGGCCAGUUACUCGGUUUUGUGAAAACUUCAUGUAGGAUUUGGUACGAAUUUCUUCCAUGAAAUUUCUUUCGUAGGCUGGUGCCAGAUUGCUAUGAAUGCUAGACUUGAUGGUUUCAAUUUUGCUUAAAUUUUUGGUUGGUUA